AUGUUAAACUCCUCUAGUUUUGUUAACCUCUUAGCGAGCCAAGGGUCAGUUGACCUUGACUCUUUAGAAACUCCUUUGUUUAGUACCCAAUCUCCGCAAGAGUCAAGUGUGAAAGAAAGGAGAAAGUGGUCUGUGAAGGAGGAUUUAAUCCUUAUUGGUGCUUGGCUCAACACCAGCAAAGAUUCAAUAGUGAGUACUGAACAAAAAGGUGGUGCCUUCUGGAAGAGGAUUGUAGAGUACUACAACUCCAGUCCUCUCCUGAUUGGGAAAGUGCCAAGAGAACUAGGGCAAUGCAAGCAAAGAUGGGCUAGGAUCAAUGAUUUGGUCUGUAAGUUUGCUGGCUGCUACGAAAUGGCACUGAGGGAGCAGAGAAGCGGGCAAAAUGACCACGAUAUGAUGAAGGCAGCCUUGGAUAUCUUCUACAGUGACCAGAACAUGAAGUUCAACUUGGAACAUGCGUGGAGGGAGCUUAGGCAUGAUGUGAAAUGGUGCUCCACCUAUCUGGAGAAGGACAAUGAUAAGCGCAAAACUGCGGAUAAUCCGGUUGCAGAACCAGAAGAAAGAGAGAGACCAAUAGGGGUUAAGGCUGCUAAGGCUGCGGAGAAGAGGAAGAAAACUGGAAAAGAAGAAGAAUUGGCGAAGCUAGAAGGAUUGUUGGAGAUGAAAAAGCAAAUCUCGAAGCAAAGUUUGCUAGAAAGUUUGCUUGCAAAACCCGAGCCACUCUCUGAGAUGGAAUUAGCUCUCAAAAUGAAACUUUUGUCUGAAAUGUUGUCAUGA